CUAGUCCCUUGAGAUUCAAACCAGUCAGUUCCUACAUCGGCCUGUUUCUGAGCUUUUCAGCAACUACGGGUUCCUAUCCCGUUCGCAUAACUUUCUCGGGUGUCUGUUUCACUGGUUCGCCAACAGGGAAACGGUCAUAUUAGCUUUUCCCCAUAGGUUCGGCAUCGCAUAAGACAGGCGGAGAGCGGGAAAGUAGUCAUUAAUCCAUCCUAGCAGCCAUUACAGACGCGACCAGCGCUGACUUCGGGGGGAAGAUACUACCUUGAAAGUCUUAACCUACGGGGAUCCUUCGAAUUUCUGCAACACCGCUCCCGAAACAGGUGUUUGCUCCGUUCCAAUUGGGACGUAUCCGAUUUUAGUAACCAUCCAGACUUGCUCGAAACAGGCAGCUUAAUGUCUGCCGUCAAGUUUGAGUAUCCUUCCUAUAAGCUGUUCGAGCCUCAGUAUCAACCCCAGAGGCCAAUCAUCGUUGAACCAGACGCGCUUGAGUCCCCCGAAACGGUGAUUCUUAGGUACGAGGAAGAGGCCGCCGAUAGAGCGAACGGAGGAGACCUUCGUGGGGAUUCCCCGCCUGGUCUCCUGUCUAUGUCUACGUUUUCAAAACCACAACCGCCCCAGAUGCAUGCGUUUGAUUCGCCGAGAUCAUAUCAAGAUCCUCAUUACCAAUACUCCGCUCAGCACUUUGCUUCUCAGCAACCUGGAAAUGCUGCUGCUCAGCUUAACCAGAUGGCCUUCGCGGCAAACGGCUCCGCUAGCCAGUAUAUGGCGCCAGUCGUACCGACGUUGAUCUCGUACCAACCAGCAGCAGGUAUAUUUGGCACCAAGGUCUUGAUCAAGAUAUCUGCUCCGUACGAUCUGAUCUCGAUCACAAGUCACUUCUAUCUCGCUUUUGGUUCGCACAAGAGCCCGGCCCACGCGGUAAGGGAUUCAAGUGAUGCGAGCGGCUUUGGCUACGCAGUCAGCGGGGACGCACCGCAGCUCGAAGACACGAGGAGUCCCAGCCCCAACGUGCCUUUAUCACUCCUGAUCGAGAGCGCAACCGGGGAGACUUUGGCUACGAUUGAUGUCGGCACGUUCACUUAUCAUGAUACUCCGGCAGGAAAUGCAGAUGGCCCGCCUGAGGACGUCACGCGGGUGAAAAGGGGGUCCAGAUCACCUGAGCAGAGGGAAGUCCACACGAAACAGCAAGAACCCGACCAGAUGGGAACAGAUUCUGCUACAAAUACAUACGGCUACGCCCCCGCCGCACCCCAGAGCGUUGCUUCCAAUUACGACACAAGUUACCCAAACAACGAAAACAUGAUCGGCACUUAUCAUCGCUCGUCGUACGCACUCGACUAUCCCCGGCCGCCGCCGCCGCCGCCCCUGAAAACUCCUUCGUGGAGUCCUUACGGACAUUCCCUCUCGGCGCGGAGUCCGGUUACGAGCGUUAACCACACCACAGUCAGUCGACCAAGUAGUAUCACGACCCUACCCGUACCGACAUCCGGCGCGCCGCAGUUGGUCCGGACAAGCACGUUACAGGCGUCUGUGCCGUCGGGGAGUGGGCAACUUAACCCGUAUGCUCUGUACUCGACCAAAGCAGUGCUGAAGAUAAAUGGGGAUCUCGAAUCUAUGGUAUCGGGAUGGACCCAAGAAGAGUGGGAAGAUCGGAGGCGGAUCGUCAUGUUCAGCAAGAAGCAGCAGGGCUCGACAUUGUCGAUGUCCUUCAAGGCCGUGCCAGUUAACGAGAGGCCCCAGAACAGCAUCUGCGUCAGCUGCAUAUACUGGGCCGAGAAGGAGGAGUGCUUCGUGACGAGCGUAGACACGAUCUCCUUGUUGGAGCAGCUCGUCGCUUCGCCGAACAGGUUCAUGGUGGAAGAGAAGAAUCGUAUCCGGCGAAACCUCGAGGGCUUCCGCCCCCUGACGGUUAGCAAGGCCAAGCCGGAGACCGAGGAGUUCUUCAAGCUUAUAAUGGGCUAUCCGAUUCCCAAACCGCGCAAUAUCGAGAAGGACGUGAAGGUCUUUCCCUGGAAGAUAUUGGGCUCCGCGCUUAAGAAGAUCAUCUCCAAAUACGUGAGUGCUAGCCCUUCAAGAGUUUAUUACUUUAUUCUCUUAUUUCACAAAUAAACUUUUGUGUCAUAUGGAAUUUCAACCGCUAACGUGUGCUUUUAGUCCGCAUCACCUUCGUCUACGAUGUCUCCCGGACCGGGCCCAACUCUUCUCACGCCUGUUAGCAGCACGAGUCCAGGUCUCUACGGGCCACCGCAUACGCCAACAGUAUCCGACGGCGGCUACUCUCACCACGAUUCGCACUCGAUGCCGUCGCCACGUUCUCUUAGCGGAGCAUCCUCAGCGUGGGCUGCGUACCCCGUGCGGACGAUAUCCCCCGGAAUCAAACCCCAUUCUCCCCAAGGCAUCCACAUCCCCAGCCUGACCCCUUCGUAUAGACACGCAGAUACGAGGCCGCAGCAGCACUUACCGGCGCUGCCAAGCUACGGCAUGACGCCCCAGACACAGCGCUGGGAUCCUAUUUCCGUGUCUAGCGGCGGUUAUGGCGACGCGUCGACGGCAGCUUCCCCAUACACCACGAGCCACCAGCAUCACCAAAGUCAUGUGUACGGCACUGGGGCGUAUGGUGAUGUCAGCC